UGGCGGCUCUCCUCCUCCUCACUCGCUUCUUACUUCUUCUCCUUGGCGUGUUUCCUCGGAACCUAAAACCCUUUUCACACAUUCGCCUAGUCUCUCUCUCAAAUCAAAUCAAAUCAAAGCAUGGAGGCUCCUCCUCCUCCUCCUUCUACGAAUAAGCUUCAACAGCAAGAGUUCACUCUAGCCUCAGUCACUGAUCUCACCUCCUCCUCUUCCUCUUCUCCUUCGCCCUCCUCUGCUGUAGCUACCUUUUCCUGCGUUAAUGAAGUCACUGAACUUCGAUUUCAGGAAUCUGAAUCGGCCCAUGGCUUCACUUUCGAUCUCAGCUCCACUCAGUUGUUCAAAUUGGGGCAGCUUCAGUUCAUCUGUGUUUCUCAUAAUUCGGAUUCUGUAAAAGAGGAUGCAUUCUCUCGAGGAGUUGUGAUAAAGUUUAGUGAUGAGAAGGAAAGCAAGGUUUUUUCUAAUUCAUUUGAGGAGUGGAGAAAGGAUUCUGUUGGAAAAGGAUCAUCCUUGCCCAACGGAACAGUUUCAGACGGUAAAAGCAAGUUCGACGAUAAGAUAGAAGCUGCUUCAGCCAAAAUGUAUUUCCAUUAUUAUGGACAACUUCUACAUCAGCAGAACAUGCUGCAGGAUUAUGUGAGGACUGGUACUUAUCAUGCUGCAGUCAUGGAGAAUCGUUCUGAUUUUGCUGGGCGUGUUGUUGUCGAUGUGGGUGCUGGAAGUGGCAUUUUGUCAAUGUUUGCUGCACUGGCUGGUGCCAAGCAUGUGUACGCUGUGGAAGCGUCAGAAAUGGCUGAUUAUGCCCGUAAGCUGAUCGCUGGAAACCCCUUGCUUGCUGAACGGAUCACAGUCAUCAAGGGAAAAAUUGAGGAUAUUGAGUUACCUGAGAAGGCAGAUGUUUUGAUCUCUGAACCAAUGGGCACUCUGUUGGUCAAUGAGAGGAUGUUGGAAACAUAUGUUAUUGCUAGGGACCGUUUCCUGUCUCCAAACGGAAAAAUGUUUCCGACUGUUGGAAGGAUCCACAUGGCACCUUUCUCCGAUGAGUUGUUAUUUAUGGAAAUGGCAAAUAAGGCUUUGUUUUGGCAGCAACAGAACUAUUAUGGAGUUGAUUUGACACCUCUGUAUGCAUCAGCACACCAAGGUUAUUUUUCCCAGCCCGUUGUUGAUGCAUUUGAUCCGAGGUUAUUGGUGGCUCCCCCGAUGUUUCAUGUGAUAGAUUUCACUCAAAUGAAGGAAGAGCAAUUUUACGAGAUUGAUGUCCCGUUGAAGUUCACAGCGUCUGUGUGUGGCAGAGUGCAUGGCCUUGCGUGCUGGUUUGACGUUCUCUUUGACGGGAGCACGGUGCAAAGAUGGUUCACGACUGCUCCGGGUGCACCGACAACCCAUUGGUACCAAAUAAGAUGUGUGCUCUCGCAGCCUAUUCAUGUCAUGGCAGGGCAAGAGCUCACUGGUAGACUUCAUUUGGUUGCCCACAGUGCUCAGAGUUACACUAUAAAUCUCACUCUCUCAGCUAAAAUGUGGGGGCCUGGUGCUAAUCAAGGUGGAAUCCUCCAGACAUCAUCGUGCAAACUCGAUCUUAAGGAACCCUAUUAUAGAAUGUCUCAGCCACAGGUAUACCCUGUUGCACAAGAAACACCAGCGCAACCGCAAGACAUACAGAUACAGAGCGAUGACUUGGAAGAACUAGAGUUACUACAACAGAACGCUAACGCUCAGCUCUAGAAUGCAAGAUUCUCUACAUUGCUUCCAUCCACGCCAUGUCUCUGUACUUUGUGUUUGGUUAACUUGGUUUUAGCUCCGAACCCUUUAACUUCAGACAGCUAAACCUUACGUAUUUAUGUUGGGUCCGAGUCCAUUUAAGCUAUGCAUUACCACAUGAUUUUUGAUACUCUCUUAUACACUAGUUUGAUUGAGUUUUUGGUGCGCAACACUAAAAUUGAAA